AUGUGUAUUUCUACGCAUUUAGAAGCAUUGAAAAUGAAGGAAAUGCAAUAUGUUCGUACUAGCAGAGCACGCGCAGCCUGGAUAAAACUUGAUAGUACAGCCCAACGCAUAAUUGUUACAUCGUUGGAUGAGAAACGAAUUUUGCAUAUUAUUAAUUGUGAAACAGCUAAAGAUAUGUGUAAACACCUGGAGUCUGUUUACGAGCAAAAAUCCGAGUGUACUAGUAUACAUAUGCUGCUGCAACAAUGCUAUAGUUACCAAAAGGAACCAGGUAAUGAUAUCGCUACCCAUAUCGUAAAGCUCGAGAAUCUUGCACAUCGGCUGCAAACUCUGGGUGAGAAAAUUCCAAACCAAAUGAUUAUUAGUAAAAUACUCAUGACAUUACCUCCGUCAUUCAAAUACUUUAUUAGUGCGUGGGAAUCAACUCAACCCAGCGAGAAAACUCUCACAAAUCUUAUUUCAAGAUUUACCAUUGAGGAAACAUGGACAGAAACCGAAGAAAGAGCAGAGAAUAUUGCUUUUAUUGCCAAUAAGAAAGCGAAGCAGAAACACCAAAUUGGAUGUAGAAAGCGAAAAGCAGCAACACCAAACGAAAAAUACACAGAAAAGAAAGGAGAAGCACUUAUUGGAGCAAUGUCUGCAAAAUAUAAUUUAGAAAUAUUCAGUGAUUCAUGGCACAUGGAUUCGAGUGCGGCUGAAAACAUGUCAAAUUGUCGCAAGUGA